AUGCUCACGCUAAGUUGUGUCGCCGCCUCCGCUCUCGCCCCAUCGACGCGGUGCAUCUUCAAAUCGGAGGCGCACAGUGCCACCUUCGACCUCUCCCCGCUCGCGACGGAGCACGAAAUCAAGUUCGACUCGGGACUUGGCAAUCUCUUGGCCGACUUUCCCGGCUUUGUCAGCGGCCCGCAGCAGUCGCUCGUGCUCUCCGUGUGCGGCCCCGACGCGCCUGGCGGCCGCGAGUUCUCCACCUGCCAUGGCGAGCACGCCCCCGGCAUUCUCGUCGAGCGCACUCCGCCGCGCUCUCCCGGCCCGUUUGGCGAUCCGAUUCUGGCAGCCUUCCUGGGCGGCGGCGCCGGCGCGAGACCCGCCGAGCCGGCGCGCACGGCCUGCGCGGUACUGGGUCGGCCGCCCGCCAAGCCCGAGGUGGUGCUGCUCGACGCCGACCGGCCAGAGAGAGGGCUUCAGCUCAUCUUUGGCAAGGGGGAUGAGUGCAGGCCCGGCCAGCGUUACUCGCUGCUGCUCAUGCUGGAGUGCAACCUUGCGGAGCACGGUCUCGGCUCGCAGAUCCCGGCACGCGUGCAGACGAGGCACCACUGCGAGUGGGUGGUGUCCAUCUCCACCGCCGCCGCCUGCCCUGUCAACGUCGGCGCGCUCUGCGCGCCAAACUGCCCCCGCAACUGGCUCGGCGACGGCGAUUGCCUGCUUGCCCUGCUCCUUGAUCCACUGCCGCUCGUCGGCGAGUGUGAUCCCGGCUGCGACUCCGAGGCUUGCGGCCACGACGGCGGCGAUUGCGACGCGCGCUCGCGCACCAACGCCGCCGCCGCCCAGUGCGCGCCCGGCUGCGUUGAGUCGUGGCGCGGCGACAAGGAGUGCGACGAGGAGUGCAACACGGCACGCUGUGGCUUCGACGGCGACGACUGCACCGGCGAUUGCGCGCCCGCUUGCGCCGCGGCGUGGCUCGGCGACGGCGCUUGCGACGAUGAUUCCACCCGGGGAUGCAACGUGACGGCGUGCGGCUUCGACCGAGGCGACUGCGUGGCGGCUUGGAAGCACGACGGCGCAAGCCGUGGCAGUGAGGAGGGCGACGGGAGGGUCGGCAAGUCGCUCGCGGCGCCGCAGACUGUCGUGAUGGAAGCGCGCGUGGGCGGGGUGCACUUCAGUGCACAGGUUGACAACCAGACCGUGAUGAGCGCCUUUGGUGCGGGCUUCCUCCUCCUCCUUUGCACUUGCGCCGCUCUUUGGGGAGUGAUCUGCUGGGUCGCGGUGGAGCAACGGCGCCGGUAUGAAAGCUACGAGGUGGUUGGCGGCGUCCGUGCUGGUGAGACGUUACCGCUCCAGCCGGCAUCGCCACGCGCGGCCUCAUCGUCACGCCCCGCUUCGCCGAUCCGCUUCUGGAAGGAGUGA